AUGGCUGAACCAAGCACCAUCACCACGUCGCCGAUUGAGAGGCUCCCAUCGGAGCUCGUCGCUCAUAUUGCGAUCUCGUCAGUCUGGAGACAGAAAUACACGUUGAGCCUGAGCCUGAAGGACUUUUCUGCAUUUGCCCGGACAAGUGGCCAUUUCCACAGCAUUCUGAACCCUCUUCUGUACCAACACAAUUUCAAACAUGAUAUGCCACAUCGUUCGUGUGUUCUUUGGGCCGCGGAGCACGGCAACAUCGACGCGUUGAAAAGAGCACACUCCUACGGGGCUGAUCUCAAUAUUGAUGGGUCCAUAGAUGAGUCGGAUUUUACCAUCCCUCUGCGCUCUCUCCGCUGCAGAUAUAUUGCGACUGCUCUGCACUUAUCUAUUCGCUAUGACAAUAUGGACAUAUUCAACUACCUCCUAGAUGAGAAUGUUGAUAUGGAUGUUCCUUCGAGGGGUCUUUGUACAUGCAUGGUUGGAGGCGACCCAAAGCCAUAUCCUCUCCAUAUGGCUCUCAGCCACAGCACGAACCCUUGGUUUGCGCAAGAGCUGAUUGCAAAAGGGGCAUAUCGCGUGGCCGAGCAGGUACCAGCCAUUGCGUACAUGGAAAUCAUGGAGGAGCAUAGCGAAGUUAUUGAACGUCUUCUCCAGCGGUCUGAGCCUCUCGCUAUGGGCGCGUCUCUGCAAUUUGCAGUAAGGAACAGGAGAUCUGAUCUUGUCCGCGAGCUUCUGGACAAGGGAGCAGAUAUUACGUACAGAAAUCCUGGUUCAGGCGCAACAGCUCUUCAUGUUGCAUUGGAUGACCAGAAUGAGGAUUUGGAAAUCCUCAAGUUGCUUGUAGCUCAUCCUGAAGCCCCUCUGGCUAUCGCGGAUGACUCGGGCGAGUUUCCGAUUCACUCCUGUGCCGCUAAGCCAGCGCUUGUGGAGGCCAUGAAGCUUCUACUCGCUCAUCCCAAAAUCGACCCUUUGGCCUCCAAUAUAGGAGGAGCUACCGCCCUUGAUCUCGCAGCAAACUACUCUGCUCCCAUGUUUAGUCUCCUUGUGAGACACCCAGCGGUGAAGCCAUACGACGAGGAACAAUGGCCUGAUGAUAAGCCACUUCAUCUUGCUCUGGAUUGUAUUAGUGACUGUCUGGACAUUAUCAAAUUCCUUCUAGCGCAGCCUGAAGCCCAUGUUUCUGUACGAGGAAUCGACAUGAAGACUCCCCUCCAUAUCUGCGCGGUCAAUGCAGAAUUAUUCGAAAUUGCGAAGCUACUCCUAGCACAUCCCACAUGUAGCUUUGAGUGUCCUCAAAAUGACAUGGACAGUUAUAAUAAGACACCUCUGCUCUAUGCUGUGUGGUCUGGAUCUAUUCCCAUGAUGAGAUUGAUCCUCAGUCAGCCUGAUAUUGAUGUCUCAGCUGCCACUAACACGGGAAACACCCCCCUACACGCCUGCGCAUCUAAGCCAGCAUUGUUUGAAGUCGCUCAGGAAAUCCUGGCCCAUCCAAGUAUCAAGCCUUCUCGAGGUAAUGCGUCCGGUUCGACCCCGUUGUUGUAUGCUGCGAAAUCUGGGUACCUUCCUAUGGUUAAGUUGCUCCUCGCCCAACCCGGCAUCAACGUUUCGGAGGCUAAUAGGGACGGACAAACCCCCCUUCACGUCUGUGCAGCUAACCCGAAGUUGCUCGAGGCCACCAAAUUACUCCUUGCUCACCCUGAUAUUCAAACAACUGGGGAGGAUAGACACGGCAUGUCCCCGCUCGCAUACGCGGUCGAGUCUGGAUCUAUCGCCAUGUUUGACCUCAUUGCAAACCGACCUGAAGUUGACAUUUCACCACUUUUUCCCAAUGGCCGAAACGUGCUCCAUAUAGUUUGUAUGUCCGAAGAGACUGAGGACUCCAAACGCUUGGCCGAAGAUCUCAUCGAUCGCGGUGUUCCCAUCAAUGAUGGACUCGGACCCUGGGGAACCCCUCUUUAUUGCGCGAUUCGAAAAGGAAACUAUCGAACAGCAUUGAUGCUUCUAUCCCGAGGUGCCGACCCGAAUUCAAAGUUUGACGCCUAUGAUCCUUGGGGCCCCCUACACCACCUCCUCUCGCAAACGCAUCCUGGUAAGACCGAGCUGGUCAGGGAGCUCCUUAGGGAGCUCAUCGCGAAGGGAGUAGAGGUGGACAGACGGACUCAGGACUAUAGGAACAUCGGUCAGGAGAAAAUUGACUUCGACUUUGGCGGGACGCCGCUCGCCUUUGCUCUUUUUGGUGCCAACGACGUCGAAUGCAUGAAGCUUCUCCUUCGUGCCGGAGCGAAUGCCAGAGCCCUGGCGGGUUCCUCCGCCGAAGGCGCAAGACAAUCUAUAAUUGCUGCCCUAUUCCAGACUCUCCGUGAUUAUACCACCACAGAAGAGGAUGUUGAGAACAUAAAGGAGGGGGUUGUCCUCCUUCUCAGGCGAGGCUGCGCCAUUGGCCAAUUUGGGAAUGGGACCACAGCCCUUGAAAACGCUUCCGACGCUGCUCAUCUUGCGGACAAUUGGCUGUUGCUGAACUUGCUGAUGGAGCAUGCUACCCUUCACAACAUCGAUCCAGGCUACGUGGAGGAGCUAGCUGAUGAUUACGAACCCGAGGCGGUAGAGAUCAAAGCGGCGCUUGCCAAUUUCAUAGAGAAACUGUUUGGAAACCUGUAG